AAAAAAAACCCCAAAAAGAAAAUCAUUGCGAGCAAAAUUCGUAAAAAAUGUCCAAGCUUUUGAAAAUAAAUUCACUUUCGUUGCUGCACUGCCUGGCGGCGCUGCUUUCGGUGGCAGCGCUGCAGUCUCCACAACAACACCAACAAGUGCAACAACAACAACAAUUACUGCCAGCAACUGUUGCAACUACACCAGCCACCAGCCAAGCACCCCCGAGCAACAUCAGACCAUUGAAUGCCACAUUGGAUGAUGGUGUGGCUGCCACUUUCAUCGACAACACUAGCAGCAGCAGCAGCAAUAUCAAUAACAACAACAACAACAACGAUGCUGCAGCUGCCACCUUUUUUGACCAACAACAACAACAGCAACAAAAACAAACAACUGUGCAAUAUGCGCAAAUAACGGCAUUAGAUAAAGAAGUAGUGGAGCGGCUGAUCAAGCAAUGGGCGCCCAUCGUUUGGCUGGCGCCCGAGGAGAAGUUCAUGCCGCUGGGCGUCGAGGAGUUCCUGCAGCAUGUCCAUCCGAUGGACAAGGACAGCGGCAGCUUCCGGCCCGGUGUUCCCUUCAGCGAGUACUCGACCAAGUCGCAUCUGGUGACGAACGACGAGGUCCAGGAACUGCUGGAGAAUGAACAGUCCUUCAUUUACGGACGGAAUCCCAACGAGAAACCCGUGCCCAUAUAUGGAGUGGUUAGCCUCUGCCCGCCGAAACGGGAUUUUAUGAACCCAGUCCCGACUCCGCCGCUGGCCAGCACCCGAGGCCCCUACAUACCGGUGUCCAUUGAUCCGCUGGAGGAUCGGAACGACACGGUGCGGAGGUCCUCGCGCCUGUAUCCACUCUUCCAGAGGGUGAAGCGUGAGGCACCCAUGUACAGUCCCCCCCUCAACGAGUACGAGGAGCUGGUAGUAGCGGAGACCACCCCCAGGCCUCAGCCGGAGAAGGAUCUGGAGCAAGAGCCGGACAGCAGCGUUCCAGUCAACAAUUUCAUCGCCAAUCUGGCGGACAAUGUCAAGUUCAGUGGAGGAUCCGACCUGGACGACAAUCUGGAGGAGAACAGCAUCGGCGAGACGCCAGAGCAGGAGGUUAAUGGUGGCAAGGGCAAGCUUCCAGGCUUCCAUGUCACCUACUGGAUGUUCUAUCCCUACAGCCAGGGCAAGACCAUGUGCACCGUCAGUCUGGGCCCGCUGGGAAGGAUUCCCUUUCCGGCUGUAUAUGGUUACUGUCUCGGGAAUCGCAAGGACAUAGGCAGCCAUGUCGGCGACUGGGAGCACAUGAGUUUGUACUUCAACGGAGACUCCGAGCCCCAAGCCAUGUAUGUCUCGGCCCAUGAUGCGGGAGCCUUCUACAGUUACAACCGCCUGACGGGCUCCUUUGAGUUCCGCCGGCAGGAGACGCGCAAGGGCAUCCUGCAGCGCCCCAACUUCCCCAAGACGGUGACAACUUUCAAGAACCAUCCGGUUCUGUUUGCCGCCAAGGGCUCUCAUGGUCUGUGGACAGCUCCUGGAAAGCAUCGAUUCGUCAAGGUGGCUCGUUUGUACGACAUAAACGGAUUCGGAACACCCUGGAAUACUUGGAAGGCGGUGGACAUAAGCUACGAGAACCUGAGGUCCUACGGACGAUCACUGGUGCCCGACUGGCUCACGUAUCGCGGCAAGUGGGGCAACCCCAAGAGCAAGUGUCAUCCCUUCCGGCGGAUCGGAUUGAACUUCUGCGAGUUUACGGACGGACCUACGGGCAUACCCCUUAAGGAGCCCCACUUCCAAUGCGGUGCCGACUAUCGCUGAGUAUUCCAGAAGGCCGAGACAUCCCUCUCCUAGGCUUAGACUAAUCUUUAGUAAAGUAUUUAUUGUGAAAUCCACCCAAAAAUGAAGCAACUAUGACCACUUA